AUGUCUUCCGCCCUCACCCCCGCCGAGGCCAAGGACCUCGGCCAGCCUCCCGCUCCCGGCUCCCCGUACGGCGUCCCCGUCCCCGGGUCGGAGCGACCUGGCCGCAGCGCCAUCUACAGGCACUACCGCUUCCGCGACAGGCCUCUCCUGACAUCCUUCGAUGCCAACAUCCGCUCCGUAAACGACCUCUUCGAGAGCGCCGCCAGCAAGCGCCCCAACAAGCGAUGCUUCGGCUCGCGCACCUGGAACGCGGCCACCAAGACUUGGUCCGACAAGUUUGAGUGGAUUAGCUAUGCCGACGUCGCUGAGCGCCGCAAGAACCUGGGCGCCGGUCUCGUCGAGGUCAACAAGCUCGCUGGCAUCGCGGGGGACAAGUAUGGCGUCGAUCUCGCGCUGGCCUCGCAGUCCCUCUACACCGUCUCCCUGUAUGAGACGCUCGGCCCCGACACCACCGAGUACAUCAUCAACCACGCCGAGCUCGCGUCUAUCGUCUGCUCCCUGCCGCACAUCCCCACCCUGCUGAAGCUCGCUCCCCGCCUGCCCCAGGUCAAGGUCAUCGUGUCCAUGGACCCUCUCGACGAUGGCGAGCUCGACGGCUACUCCAAGGGCGCCGUCCUGAACCAGCUUGCCGCCCAGCACGGCAUCAAGAUCUACUCCAUGAAGGAGGUCGAGGAGAUUGGCGCCAAGUCCGGCCGCCCUCUGCGUCCUGCCGGCUGGGACGACAUCUCCACCAUCAACUACACCUCUGGAACCACGGGCGCCCCCAAGGGUGUCGUCCUCACCCACGGCAAUGCCGUCUCCGCCAACGCCGCCGCCCGCAUGAGCGGCAACGUCACCCAGAACGACGUCCACAUCUCCUACCUGCCGCUCGCCCACAUUUACGGCCGCCUCAUUGACCAGGUUGCUCUUUCUGAGGGCGCCUCCAUCGGCUUCUUCCGCGGCGACAUCCUCGGCCUGGUCGACGACAUGAAGAUCCUCCAGCCCACCGGCUUCAUCUCCGUCCCGCGCCUCUUCAACCGCUUCAACUCGGCCAUCCGCACUGCCACCCUCGAGGCCCCCGGUAUCCGCGGCGCCCUGUCGAGACGCGUCAUCGAGACCAAGAAGGCCAACAUGCGCGCGCCUCCGGGCCAGGCCUCCAACACCCACUUCCUGUACGACAGAAUCUGGACGCCCAAGGUCAAGGCCGCCGUCGGUCUGACCAAGGCUCACGCCAUGAUCAGCGGCAGCGCGCAGCUCGACCCUGAUGUCCAGGAGUUCCUGCGCGCGGCUUUCGCCAACAACUUUGCUCAGGGCUGGGGCAUGACGGAGACGUACGCUGUCGGCAGCGUGCAGAUGAACGGCGACUUCACUCUCGGCAACGUUGGCGGCCCCAUGGCUGCCACCGAGCUGUGCCUGGAAUCCGUCCCCGACUACGACUACUCGGUCGACGACAAGCCCAACCCCCGCGGCGAGCUGCUCAUCCGCGGCAACGCCAUCUUCAAGGAGUACUACAAGAACCCCGAGGAGACCCAGAAGACGCUUGAGUCUGAUGGCUGGUUCCACACCGGCGAUAUCUGCGAAGUGGACAAGUUUGGCCGCUUCAAGAUAAUCGACCGCAAGAAGAACGUCCUGAAGCUGUCUCAGGGCGAGUACAUUUCCCCCGAGCGCAUCGAGAACGUGUACACUGGCAGCUCCAACGUGGUUGCCAUGGCCUACGUCCACGGCGACCCCAAGGAGUCGACCCUGGUCGCCAUCUUUGGCAUCGACCCGGAGAACUUCCCUCCGUUCGCCAGCAAGGUCCUGAAGCGCGAGGUUCCCGCCGGCGAUGCCGCUGCCGUUAAGAAGGCCGCUUCGGACCCCAAGGUCCGCAAGGCCUUCCUCAAGGUCCUCGACGACAUUGGCCGCAGCCACAAGUUCAACAGCUUCGAGAAGGUCCGCAACGUCUACCUGGACAUUGAGCCGUUUACCAUUGAGAACGAGCUCCUCACCCCGACACUCAAGCUGAAGCGGCCCCAGACCGCCAAGGCCUUCCGCGCCCAGAUCGACCAGAUGUACGACGAGAUCAAGGCUGAGACGCCUGCCGGCGCUGCCAAGCUGUAA